AUGUACGAUGGCACAACCAAUCUGGAUGAUCACAUAGCCUCGUACAAACAACGGAUGUUCAUCGUCUCGAUACCCCGACCGCUUAGGGAAGCCUGCAUGUGCAAAAGUUUCGGUUCGAGCUUAUUCGGCCUAGCACUACAAUGGUACAUGAACCUCCCGAAUGGAUCCAUCGAUUCGUUCACUCAACUCACCGACACGUUUGUGGAGCAGUUCGCCAGCAGCAAGAAACUCGAGAAGCUGUCAGCCGACUUGUACAGGGUAUACCAGAGAAGGGGCGAGCCAUUGAAAGAAUAUGUCAGCAGGUUUAACAGAGAGAAGAUUUCCAUCCCAGCAUGCAACCCUGAGACAGCCGUAGACGCCUUCAGGAAGGGUCUCCUCCCGGACGGAGAGCUAUACAAAGAACUUACAAAGCUGGAUGCACAACAAUGGAAGACGCCCUACCCCGGGCAGUGA